AUGUCUGACGACGGAGCCCCACCAGAGCCCGUACUAGAAGUUCCACCUCCAGCCGAGAUCAAAAUUCUAGAGACAGCGGAGGAUAUUCAGCAUCGCCGUCAAGAAGUACUUGGCCAUUACGCUCAGUUCAAGGAGCAUGCCAAAAGUAAGAGGGAUCGCCUAGAAGAGGCGCGACAGUAUCAGUACUUCAAACGGGAUGCUGACGAACUUGAGAUUUGGAUUCUCGAAAAAUUGCAGACAGCUCAAGAGGAGUCCUUCAAAGAUCCUACAAACCUUCAGGUUAGAAUUAUACAUUUUUUGGUACAGUGGCCGCGCGUCGAUAUAGAGUUUCCGGGGCGAUCGCGGAGGGAUCGGGGGGAGUACGAGGUCAAUGCCGUUUACUGA